UUUCAUUUUCUUUAUUCACUGCCGGUGACCGGCGUGGGCCCACUGCGCAGUGGCGGGUCCUCUUCUCAAUCUCGCUUCGCAUGCUUUCCCCAUCCCAGCCGCUCCCCUCGUCCUCAGCGACCACAGCAAACCGAAGCGAGAGCAAGUGCCACCCCAGACCUAGGAGAGGAGGGGAAACUAGAGAAGGACGGUGAUGGCGGAGACGGGGAGGAGCUCCAUACUCGUGCACAUUCUGGUGAUCGCCCUCUGCCUGACCGCUUUCGGCUUCGCCAUCGCCGCCGAGCGCCGCCGCAGCACGGGUUCAAUAGUUACGGACAGCUCCAAUACGACAUUUUGUGUUUAUGACUCCGAUAUUGCUACUGGCUAUGGUGUUGGUGCUUUCCUAUUUCUUCUCUCAGGCCAGUCACUGCUUAUGGCUGUUACAAGAUGCAUGUGCUUUGGUACACCACUUGCACCAGGUGGAAGCAGAGCCUGGUCUAUUAUAUACUUUGCAUCUUCAUGGAUCACAUUUGCAAUUGCGGAGUCCUGCUUGAUUGCUGGAGCAACGAAGAACGCCUACCACACCAAGUAUAGAGAUAUGGUAUAUGCGGGUAACUGGACUUGCCAGUCUCUGCGCAAAGGAGUGUUUAUUGCCGGAGCAGUCUUUGUGGUGUUCACCAUGAUUCUGGACGUGUACUUCUACAUGUACUACACAAAAGCGACGAGCCAAGCUGCGAAAAAGAUCAACAAGACAGGCCCCAGCGUUGGCAUGACUGGCUAUGUAUGAGGAACCUAAAACUAUGGUCUGACAGAAACCUUUUUCUGUUUGUGGUAUUUUCUGUAACUUCGCUGUCUGAUUUUGGUUGAUACUGGGACAUGGCUUUAGUUUCUGGCAAAUGUAGCUUACUAUAUAUAUACUUUUUUAUCCUGGCCUAAAAAAAAGUGUACUAUUUUAAGGUGCUCUAUCUUACCUAGGAGGUAAGAACCGAGAACAAAUAUAAAGGUCUUUUUGGUUGCCCGAUGCUCUAGCUUGGCCUGAGCCAAGGUAGCAAGGUAGUGUAUGCAAUGUCAGUUGGUUUGGUUAUCUGUAUUUAUUCAAUUAGUCUGGUUAAGAAUAGACGUAAGAUAAAAAUAGGCAAACAUGUACUAUUAUUUUAUUUAUUUUUCAUAAUUACAUUA